AUGACAGAACUUAAAGUUUCUGAAUCCUGGAAGGUGACGAAAGCCAUGAUGGGACAUGAGCAGCUCAGCAGGAGGUACACACCGCGCUGCGUGCAGUCGCUGCGUUGCUACCCCAGUCCUGGCUCUGAGCUGCCCCUGAAGGCGCUGGUCACCGGCGCGGGUACCUGUGAAAAGAGUCGCGUGGGUGCUACCCCACAGCAGGUUGCAGAUAACAGUGAUGACCACCCUGAGAGAGGUCUGGUGGAGAAUCACGUGGAUGGGACCAUGAACAUGCUGGGAGGCGGAAGCAGUGCUGGCCGGAAGCCCCUCAAGUCAGGCAUGAAGGAGCUAGCCGUGUUCCGGGAGAAGGUUACCGAACAGCACCCGCAGAUGGGUAAAGGCGGCAAACACCACCUCAGCCUGGAAGAGCCCAAGAAGCUGCGGCCACCUCCUGCCAGAACCCCUUGCCAGCAGGAGCUGGACCAGGUCCUAGAACGCAUCUCCACCAUGCGCCUUCCGGAUGAUCGGGGCCCCCUGGAGCACCUCUACUCCCUGCACAUCCCCAACUGUGACAAGCAUGGCCUGUACAACCUUAAACAGUGCAAGAUGUCUCUGAAUGGACAAUGUGGGGAGUGCUGGUGUGUGAACCCCAAUACCGGGAAGCUGAUCCAGGGAGCCCCCACCAUUCGGGGAGACCCUGAGUGCCAUCUCUUCUACAAUGAGCAGCAGGAGGCCGGCGGGGCUCACGCCCAGAGGGUGCAGUAAAACCGCAGCUAGUCGGUGCCUGGCUCCCCUACCCCAAACACCAGCAGAAACGGAGGGUGCUUGGGUUAUGGGUAGGGAGGAUUUCUCACUUUUGACACAUGUAUUUAUAUUUGGAAAGAGACCAACACUGAGCCCAGAAGCCUCCCAGCCCCCCCUCCAGCUGCAAAUAACCUGGGCCUCCAUUCUUGCUUCUCUUGGGGAGGGGAAGGGUGGCACUGGGGGUGCUGGGUACAGCCUUGGGAAUGGGGAAAGAAAUUUUUAUUUUUGAACCCCCGUGUCUCUUUUACUUAAGA